UGGGAGAUUCAAUAGCAUUGCAGAAAGAACCCAAAGGGUUAACUUCCCCGGGGAAAGGGGCGUGGCUUCGAGGGGAAGCCACGCCCACCGUGCAGGAACCAGGAAGAGAAGCUGCAAAAACAGCAAAGGAGCAGCAAGCUUGGGGAAAGGAAGAGGCAUCGGUUCUUUCUGCGCCUUUGCUUCGUGACAUAUUCGGAAUGAGAAGGAGACCAGAAUGAGGAUGGAGGAGCCAAACCAGACCAGCCCUGAAGGGGGAAGAAACCCCUGCAAAAUGUGGGGCAAGAGAAGGGUUGGGGUCCCAGGCAAAAUGGGUCAGGAAGCUUUGGAGGAGAAGGAGCUCAGCGUAGACCUUCAAUGCCAACGCUUCCGGCGCUUCUGUUUCCAGAAGACCUUGGGGCCCCGAGAGGUUUGCAGCCGCCUCCACUCUCUCUGCCGCCUGUGGCUGAAGCCUGAGGAACAUACCAAGGCGGAGAUGCUGGACCUGGUGCUCCUGGAUCAGUUCCUGGCCGUCCUUCCUGCGGAGAUGGAGCGCUGGGUGAGGGAAUGUGGGGCAGAGACCAGUUCCCAGGCCGUGGCUUUGGCUGAAGGAUUCCUCCUGAGUCGGGAACAAGAGGAGAAGGCGCUGCAGGAAGAGCGGCAGGAGAGAGAGGUCCUUCAGACCUGGGAAAUCCCAUUGGAGACCAGCAAGCCGUUCUCUUCCGGGUGGAUCAACCUGGGAAGACAUAAUAACUUGUCUCUUUCUGAUGUGGGAGAAAUGGCGUCUGUCCAACACGAUCAGGUGACUUUUGAGGAUGUGUCUGUACAUUUCAGUGAGGAGGAGUGGAUCCUGCUUGAUCCGGAUCAACAAGCCCUGCACUGGGAGGUCAUGGAGGAGAAUUAUGAGACGUUGGCCUCUUUCGGUGGUAUGUGGCAGGUGAAUGAAAACGGGGAAGAACCAUGUAAAGUGUCGGUGAAAACAGAAGAAGAAAGGAGCAUGGGAAUAGAGGCGGAAGAAUAUAGUAGGAAUCCAUGCCCUGCCAACACCAGGGAAGUCCCAGUCCAUAAGAAAAUAGAUGUUUACGAGAAUGACCAGCCAUCAUGCUUCGAUGACCAUAUUGCAAACCAUAUAGAGAAAGGCCAGACUGAGUGCCAUCAACUGGAAGCAAGCUUUGUGUCUAUAGCACCUCUUACAAAUUAUGAUAAAUCGGAUAUGUUGGACAAGCCAUUUAGGUGCUCGGAGUGUGGAAAGGGCUUUACCCAAAAGAGGAGUCUCGUUGUGCACGAAAUGAAUCACAGAGGAGAGAAACCUUACACGUGCCUAGAGUGCGGGAAGAGCUUUAGCUGCAAAUUCCUCCUCAAAAAGCACCGGAACCGUCACACGGAAGAGAAAUCCUACACGUGUCUGGAGUGCGGCAAAGGCUUUACCCAGAAGAGAAGCCUUGUUGUGCAUGAAAUGAACCACCGGGGAGAGAAGCCGUACAAAUGCCUGGUGUGUGGGAAGAGCUUCAGCUGCAAAUCGGUGCUCAAAAACCACCGGAAUAGCCACAUCAAAGAGAAACUACACACCUGUCUGGAGUGCGGGAAGAGUUUCCGCUGGAGAGCGAGCCUCAAGGCGCACCAGAAAAGCCACACCGGGGAGAAGCCGCACGAAUGCCUGGAGUGUGGGAAAGGCUUUGCUUUGAAGAAAAAUCUCUCCGUGCACGAAAUGAACCACAAGGGAGAGAAACCCUAUAAAUGCCUGGAGUGCGGGAAGAGCUUCAUCUACCAAUCGAUCCUCAAGAGCCACCAGAACAGCCACACGGAAGAGAAAUCCUACACGUGCCAGGAGUGUGGGAAGAGCUUCAGCUGGAGAUCGACCCUCACGCGGCACGAAAAAACCCACACCAGGGAGAAGCCACAUAAAUGCACCGAGUGCGGGAGAGGCUUCAUUCAGAAGAGGAGCCUCAUUGGGCACGAAAUGAAACACAGAGGGGAGAAGCCCUACAAAUGCCUGCAGUGCGACCGGAGCUUCAUCUACAAAGCGAACCUCAAAAUCCACUCGAAUAGUCACGCGGAGCAGAAAUCGUACGCCUGUCUCGAGUGCGGGGAGAACUUCAGUCAGAAAGCGACUCUCAAGAGGCACCGGAAAUCCCACACGGAAGAGAAGCCGUGCAAAUGCGAGGCCUGCGGGAAAUGCUUCCGCCAGAAAGGAGACCUCAAAAGGCACCAGAAAACCCACACGGGAGAGAAGCCCUAUAAAUGCCAGGAGUGCGGGAAAGGCUUCAUGGAAAAGAGGAAUCUCCUUGGGCACGAAAUGAACCACAGAGGAGAGAAGCCCUAUCAAUGCCUGGAGUGUGGGAAGAGCUACAUCUUCAAAUCAGGCCUCAAAACCCACCAAGAGAAGAGUCACGCCAAUGCCAAGAGCGUGGGAAGAGAUCAGGCAUAAGGGUCAGAGACUUUUGGGAAAUGGAAAUCUCCAUAACCUUUUGGAUAUUUUAUAAUAGAAUCAUAGAAUCAUAGAAUAGUAGAGUUGGAAGAGACCUCAUGGGCCAUCCAGUCCAACCCCCUGCCAAGAAGCAGGAAAUCACAUUCAAAGCACCCCGGACAGAUGGCGAUCCAGCCUCUGUUUAAAAGCCUCCAAAGAAGGAGCCUCCACCACAGUCCGGGGGAGAGAGUUCCACUGCCGAACAGCCCUCACUGUGAGGAAGUUCUUCCUAAUGUUCAGGUGGAAUCUCCUUUCCUGUAGUUUGAAGCCAUUGUUCCGUGUCCUAGUCUGCAGGGCAGCAGAAAACAAGCUUGCUCCCUCCUCCCUAUGACUUCCCCUCACAUAUUUGUACAUGGCUAUCAUGUCUCCUCUCAGCCUUCUCUUCUGCAGGCUAAACAUGCCAAGCUCUUUAAGCCUCUCCUCAUAGGGCUUGUUCUCCAGACCUCUGAUCAUUUUAGUCGCCCUCCUCUGGACGCUUUCCAGCUUGUCAACAUCUCCCUUCAACUGUGGUGCCCAGAAUUGGACACAGUAUUCCAGGUGUGGUCUGACCAAGGCAGAAUAGAGGGGAAGCAUGGCUCAGAAAGCUUCAACAGGAAGUCAACACUUUCAAUAACAAUAGCCUUGCCUCAGCUUCCAAACAGCAGAGCAGCAAGCCUUAAUUACAGCUAGCCCACACUCAAGAAUCAGCCCAGACUCAGGUUUUAAAGGUAAAGAGUCCAACAGAAACAGGUUUUUAAGGCUAUCUAAGAAAAGAGUAGGCAAUCAAAGAAAAGAGUGCACACUCUCAGGUUUUUUAAUACUAAUACUAGCUGUGCCCGGCCAUGCGUUGCUGUGGCGAAGUAUGGUGGUAUGGAAAAUAAAGUAUUGAGGAAUUGGUGGUAGUUAAGGUCAAGGGUAAAGGUUUUACCUUACAUUAAGUCCAUUAUAAAUGGGUUAUAUAGCUGUGUGGAAGGGCCUUGAGUCUACACUGCCAUAUAAUCCAAUUAAAAUCAGAUAAUCUGUAUUUUAUAGACAGUGUGGAAGAGGCCUAAGUGAGGCCUAACUCUGCCUGUCCCCUGGGCUGAGUGGGUUGCUAGGAGACCAAGUGGGUGGAGCUUAGCCUUCUAACUUUCAGCAAUUGGAUAAAAACAAUUUUUCCUCUCCCUCUAAUUAGGACUUUAUUUUUGUUUUCUUUUUGUUGUAUGAACGUAGAGGCAUGGAUGAGGGGUUGUGCUGCCAAGUUUAGUGUUUCUGGGAUGUGUAGUUUUGUUGUUUUUUCCUAGGCCGAAAUUUCAUUACCCUUUUAUAUAUAUAUAGAUUUGGAAAGGCGUGACCUUGUUAGAAGCCAAAACCUUUUGAAAAAUGAUGCCAUGACCUCUUGGACACAUGGCAUUCAUGCAAGGCAAUUAGGGGGGUGCUGUUGCUUCAUUCUCUAUGACGAAGAGCCAUCAGGAUUUCCUCCAUCCUUGUGAUCACCGGCAUUUCUGGUCUUUUUCUUUUAUGGUGUCGUAAAAUACCUCCCCUGCUUAAUUAGCAGUACCUAAUUUCUCUACUGACUGUUUUCAAACUGCUUAGGUAAACAGUGAGCUGGGCUUGACAGCCGUGUGCCCACCCCGACCAUGCUUUGAACAGGCUGCCUUUCAGUUGGUAGAUCUUAUUACUGCUGGUGAUUUACCACCUGUGCUAAAGCCCAUCUCUUGAGUCUCUGUUUCUGCGAUGAAAGUUUAAUGGCUUCUGUACAGCACUCUACUCCUACUAAAGUCUCUAAGCAUAUACAGUAGAGUCUCGCUUAUCCAAUGUAAACGGGCCGGCAGAACGUUGGAUAAGCGAAUAUUUAUUUAUUUAUUUAUGUAUUUUUAACAUUUAUAUCCCGCCCUUCUCACCCGAGGGGACUCAGGGCGGCUUAUUUAUUUAUUUAUUUAUUUACAUCAUUUAUAUUCCGCCCUUCUCACCCCGAAGGGGACUCAGGGCGGAUCACAAUACACAUAUUAGCAAACAUUCAAUGCCUUUUUAACACAGGACACAAAGACAAACAAACAUAGCUCCGAGCGGGCCUCGAACUUAUGACCUCCUGGUCAGUGACUCAUUGCUCUCCCGUCUGCGCCACAGCCCCGGGCAAAUUUAAAAUUGGCAAAAUUUAAUGCCCAAAAUACAAUCAUAAAAACAAAACAAUAACAGAUCUAUUAAUAACAUUGUUAAAACACAUUAUAAAACCUUAAAAACGUAUAUAUAAUUAAUUCCAUUCGUCCGAGAUCCUCAUGUUUCAUCCUUAAAUCAAUCCAUGUCAACUUUGUCAUUUACUCAUCAAAAGCUUGGGUUGGAUAAUAAGGAGGGAUUAAGGAAAAGCCUAUUAAACAUUAAAUUAGGUUAUGAUUUUACAAAUGAAGCACCAAAACAUCACGUUAGACAACAAAUCUGACAGAAAAAGUAGUUCAAUAUGCAUGAAUGUCAUCUUGUAAUUACUGUAUUUACAAAUUUAGCACCAAAACAUCACAAUGUAUUGAAAACAUUGACUACAAAAAUGCAUUGGAUAAUCCAGAACAUUGGAUAAGCGAAUGUUGGAUAAGUGAGACUCUACUGUAUCUGUUUCUGCUGGUGUCUGAAAGCAAAGUUCCUACUGAAGUCUAAAGCAAACAGUUCCUGCUGAAGUCUAAACCGUGCAGUUCGUAAAAUGGAGUCUGAGCCCUGAACAAUCCCAGAUCUGAUCGCGUGGUCUGCUGUCUCUCCCACAACAAAGAAUUAAGGAAAACUGCAUACCAGUACACACAUAUACAAUGUAAUAUAACUUGAAUUAUAUACAAAACAAAUAAGUAGUGGAGGCUUGAAGAAGAUUGCUAUUUCCAACAGAGGCCAUGCCAUAUACAGUAUAAUAUAACCUGAAUUAUAUACAUCACAAAUAAGUAGUAUAGGAAGAAGAUUGCUAUUUCCAACAGGCCAUGCAGACCAACAGGCAAGAGGACACAAUCAAAGCCCUCCUGACAUAUGGCCAACCAACAUCACCACACUCCUAAACAGCAUGUUUUACUGUCGAAUGGCUCUUACUAUCUCUUUUACGUGGAAUCUCUUUUCCUGCCGUGUGAAUCCACUGCUUUGUGUCCUAGAGAAGCGGAAAACAAUAUCCUCAAUGACAUAUCGUUCCAAAUCUUCCUACCAUUUGAAUCCAUUGCUCUGUGCCGUGCACAAUUAAAGCCUUUACAACAGAUGGCAAGAGAAGGAGACUCCACUGCUGAACAGCUCUCUUACCAUCAGAAAGUUCUUUCUAAUGUUUAGAAAGAAUAGCUUUUCUUGCAACUUGGAACCAUUGUCCCAGUCUCCAGCGGAAAACGUGUUGGCCCUUCCUCAAUGUGACAUCCUUUCAGAUACUUAAACAUGGCUCGUACUUUCCUUCUCUGCCUUCUUUUUUCCAAUCAAACAUACCUGCUCUUCAUGGAGUUUGACUUAGUUGCUAUUGUCUAGACGCAUCCUGGCUUGUGAAUAUCCUCCUUGAAUUGUGGUGCCUACUAGAACUGAACACAAAUGUUCCAGGUGAGGUCUCGAUUCAGGUCUCGAUUCUCUAUGACGAAAAGCCAUCAGGACUUCCUCCUUUCUUUUGGUCGCCGGCAUUUCUGGUCUUUUUUUUAUAUAUAUAGUGUCGUAAAAUACCUCCCUCACUUAAUUAGCGGUACCUAAUUACUUGCAACUCUAAGCUGUUUUUGAACUGCUUAGGUAAACAGUGAGCUAGGCUUGACUAUCGGGUGCUCACCCCAACCGAGCUCCUCUUGAUGCAGCCUAGAAUCACAUUGACUUUUAAAGCUGCUGCAUCCAAAUGUUGAGUCACGUUCAGCUUGUGGUCUGCUAAAGACUCCUGGAUCACUUUCACAUCAGGAUCCCUUUCACAUGGACUGUAUCUGCGCAUUUAAUUUUUAUUGCCUAAGUGUAAUGCUGAACAUUUUUCCACGUUGAGAUUCAUUUCGUCCUCAGUAGGCAUCCAAAUAUUCAACUUGGAGAAGAAGAUCCAAAGAUCCAACAUAGAUUCAGGUCUUAAUAGCUAUCAACGUUUGUUGUCAAAGGCUUUGACACCUGGGUUGCUGUGAGUUUUCCGGGCUGUACCGUGUUCCAGAAGCAUUCCCUCCUGACGUUUCGCCCACAUCUAUGGCAGGCAUCCCCAGAGGUUGUGAGGUUUGUUGGAAACGAGGCAAGUGGGGUUUAUAUAUCUGUGGAAGGUCCAGGGUGGGAAAAAGAACUGUUUGAGGCAAGUGUGAAUGCUGCAAUUUUUUUUUCGUGUUAAGAGUGACUUGAGAAACUGCAAGUCGCUUCUGGUGUGAGAGAAUUGGCUGUCUGCAAGGAUGUUGCCCAGGGGACGCCUGGUUGUUUGAUGUUUUUAUCAUCCUUGUGGGAGGCUUCUCUCAUGCCCCCACAUGAGGAGCUGGAGCUGAUAGAAGGAGCUCAUCCACGCUCACCCCGGAUUGGAUUCGAGCCUGGCAGCCUUCAGGUCAGCAACCCAAUCUUCAAGUCACGAGGCUUUAACCCAUUGCGCCACCGGGGGCUCCUUAAUGUUGCAAUUGGCUACCUUGAUUAGUAUUGGAUGACCUUGCAACUUCAAAGCUUGACUGUUUACUGCCUGAGGGAAUCCUUUGUUGGGCGGUGUUAGCUGGCCCUGAUUGUUUCAUGCCUGGAAUUCCCCUGUUUUCUGAAAAUUGCUCUUUAUUUACUGUCCUUAUUAUGGAGUUUUCUUUAAUACUGGUGUCCAGAUUGUGUUCAUUUUCAUGGUUUCCUCCUUACUGUUGAAAUGAUCCACAUGCUUUUUGUGGAUUUCAUUGGCUUCUCUGUGUAGCCUGACAUGAUAGUUGUCAGACUGGUCCAGCAUUUUGGUGUUCUCCAAAAAUAUUUUGUGUCCAAACAGGUUCAUCAAGUGCUCUGUUCUGGCUGACUUUGGCUGCUUGUAAUGUGAGAAGAGGUAUAUCUUCAAAUCAGGCCUCAAAACUCACCAGGAGAAGAGUCAUGCAAAUGCUGAGAAUGUGGGAAGAGAUCAGGAAUAGGAUCAAAGCAUUGGAAGAGAGCAUUAGGGCCAUAUAGACCAAAAGGCAGGAGGACACAAUCAAAGCCCUCCUGACAUGUGACAUUCCAAUCCACAGAUAUAUAAACCCUACUUGCCUAGUUUCCAACAGACCUCACAACCUCUGAGGAUGCCUGCCAUAGAUGUGGGCGAAACUUCAGGAGAAAGUGCUUCUGGAACACGGCUAUACAGCCCAGAAAACUCACAACAACCCAGUUAUAAUAUUCACACAUACAGUAGAGUCUCACUUAUCCAAGCUAAACGGGCCGGCAGAAGCUUGGAUAAGCAAAUAUCUUUGAUAAUAAGGAGGGAUUAAGGAAAAGCCUAUUAAACAUCAAAUUAGGUUAUGGUUUUACAAAUUCAGCACCAAAACAUCAUGUUAUACAACAAAUUUGACAGAAAAAGUAGUUCAAUACGCAGUAAUGUUAUGUUGUAAUUACUGUACUUACGAAUUUUGCACCAUAAUAUCACAAUGCAUUGAAAACAUUGACUACAAAAAUGGCUUGGAUAAUCCAGAAGCUUGGAUAAGCGAGGCUUGGAUAAGUGAGACUCUACUGUAUUAUAAACAUACUCUUUUCUCCAGCAUGGAAAGUAAUCUAAUUCCAGCAAAUACAACUUUCUUUUUUAAUCAGCUUAUUCACAGAAGAGAAGACAUUUUAAAGCUGGGAUUGCACACUGGAUUGCUUGAACAGUCCUGAAACUCUAUUGGGGUGUCUGCCUGAAGCCCCUUAAUACCCUGAAUCUGUUUUUAAAAUGUUGUGUGGCAGAAAAACCGACUAUCAUCCCCUCAUGACUUUCAUGAUUUUCCUCUCUCUGGUAUAAUUCUUGCUUUGCUUUCCAACUCCUGAUUGAAUUUUUUUUUAUAAUAAGAAAAAGUUCUUGAUUGCAAACCAAUAUUUGCACAAUGUGGGGGAAAAACCUCUCAGUUGUAGAAAAUGCCUUGUUUGCGUGAGUGUGCAUUUCAGUUUUGUCUUGCCCUUCUUCUCACAGAUUAACAUUAAAUGAAAAUCUCUCUGUAUUAUAAAAAUGUA